UCCUGAGAAAAGCUGCGUCUACAAAGGGUUUACAUCAUGUUCUCUUUCAACAUGUUCGACCACCCGAUUCCUCGGGUCUUCCAGAACCGCUUCUCCACACAGUACCGCUGCUUCUCUGUGUCCAUGCUAGCAGGGCCUAAUGACAGGUCAGAUGUGGAGAAAGGAGGGAAGAUAAUUAUGCUGCCCUCAACCCUCGAUCAACUCAGCCGACUUAACAUUACCUAUCCCAUGCUAUUCAAACUGACCAAUAAGAAUUCGGAUCACAUGACACACUGCGGGGUUCUGGAAUUCGUGGCUGAUGAGGGCAUCUGCUAUCUCCCACACUGGAUGAUGCAGAAUUUGCUGUUGGAAGAAGGGGGCUUGGUGCAGGUGGAGAGUGUCAACCUUCAAGUGGCUACAUACUCCAAAUUCCAGCCUCAGAACCCAGACUUCCUGGAUAUCAACCCCAAAGCAGUAUUAGAAAAUGCAUUAAGAAACUUUGCCUGUCUGACCACUGGGGAUGUGAUUGCCAUCAACUACAAUGAGAAGAUCUAUGAACUGCAGGUGAUGGAGACCAAACCGGACAAGCCUGUGUCCAUCAUUGAGUGUGACAUGAAUGUGGACUUUGAUGCUCCCCUGGGCUACAAGGAACCUGAAAGACAAGUCCAGCAUGAGGAGUCAACAGAAGGCGAAGCUGACCACAGUGGCUAUGCGGGAGAGUUGGGUUUCCGUGCCUUUUCUGGCUCUGGGAACAGACUAGAUGGAAAGAAGAAAGGGGUAGAGCCUAGUCCCUCCCCAAUCAAGCCUGGAGACAUUAAAAGAGGAAUUCCCAAUUAUGAAUUUAAACUUGGUAAAAUAACUUUCAUCAGAAAUUCACGUCCAUUGGUUAAAAAGGUUGAAGAGGAUGAAGCUGGAGGCAGAUUUGUUGCUUUCUCUGGAGAAGGACAGUCCUUGCGUAAAAAGGGAAGAAAACCAUAAGUUGGGACUCUUGGCUGAUUGGAAAAUAAAAGAAUCAAUU